UGGGAGGCCAACACUAUCCAGCCUCUCUACCGUGCCACCCCGUCACAAAAAUAGUAUAGAAUAAUGCUGUACAUGUAGAACCACGUAUGUCUGGCAUUAAAAUGAGAGGCGAGUUCCUUAUUUUGGAGGAUGAAUGUUAUUGUUACCAUAGCAAACAAAUUCAUCGAUCUUUAGAUUCCAAUACGUCACUUCCACACCGGAAUGCAGGUUGUCGUGUAGCGAUGCAACACACCACUUUAUUCCUGCUGUGACCCUGAUUUGAAGGAGUGUUACUGCGGAAACAACGCAGGGUACAAACUAGGAUGCGAUCACAUCUUGGUGGAAACUGCCACGAAAGUUGACUGUCGAAAACUUGUGACUGCAGUAAGAAUGGAUUGUGAGCCACAACCUGUUUAAGGACGGUCAGCAUUUGUCCCUGGUGGUCUGUUGUCAGAGUUCCUAUUCCGGUCAGGCUGCGUAAAUUUUCGAGUUUGUUUUGUCAAGUGCUGUUCAACAUUGACAAUGCUCAGAGACCAUCAUCCUGAAGCAAAUCUUCCUGAAUUUGGACCAAAUGUGAAUUCUCGACAUCGGACGCUCCUUAUCAGUGCUUUAGGGGACUAAAAUCUCAUUUCCUGUCUUCGUGUCCGGUUCGUGUCGUCCUCUUUGAAGCUUCUUGGGGUAUUUUAUCUUAGUUUAUCUUGCUAACAACAAGAGAGACGUUUGUGAUUAACACUUCGCUGAGCAGAGCUCAAGAUUGAGUGAACGUCGUGUGAAAAUGUCUGCAGGAAGAGUACGAGGAGGAAUUUAGGGGCCAAAAAGAAGUGAAGGAGCCACAACGUCAACUAUUGGACGUUGCGUUUAAUCUGCAACCUCGAAUUAUGCUACGAAGAGGUGAUAUCAGUGAAAAUCUUCAUCUGGAGCGGCAGCAGUCAGUGUCCCGUCACGUCAAAGAGGAAGAGAAGAGUGCUACAUUUUGGGGGUUCAUCCGGGAUAUGUGCAGCGUUGAAGUUCAAAGAACGGCAAGCCUGAUGCAUUAUCCCGAAUCCAUGAGGGUGAACGAGCCGAGGCAGAGCACACUCCAAUCGUCCCUGAGUCUUGGUUUGUCUUGGGCUUCACAUGGGAGAUCGAGACCCAGGGUCGUCCUCCAUCACGGGUUACCAACCGACGUGGUUUCGGAUACGGGGCCCCAAUUCCUAUCACAGUUCUGGAAGGAGUUCUGCUCCCUUAUCCGGGCAAAGGUGCUGAGUCCUAGUGCCAUCUGGUUGGCGGUCAUGAGACGCUGUAAGUGGACCUGGAAGCUAGCCAAAAAGAUGCUGUUGAGAAUGGAUAGUACCUGCAAGGCCGCGGCAGAUCGCAAGAUGAGGAGGGCACCGACAUACAAGGUGGGACAACGUGUCUGGUUGUCCACAAGGAGCCUUCCACUUCGGACGGAGUCUCGCAAGCUAGCUCCCAUGUUCGUGGGUCCGUUCCCCCAUCACCAAAGUAAUUGAACCUCCCCCAGUCUGUGAGAAUCCAUCCCACAUUACACGUGAGGCUGCUCCGGCCAGCUCGCCCUUCUCUGUUAGUCCCUUCAGCCAAGCCCCCCCCUGCAUGGUCGAUGAAGGCCCGGUGUACUCGGUGCGUCGGCUCCUGUCGUCCCACCAUAGAGGGAGGAGGAUCCAGUACUUGGUGGACUGGGAGGGAUACGGCCCGGAAGAGCGUUCCUGGAUCCCGUCCCGGUUCGUGGGAGAUCCCAAGCUGAUGAGGGACUUCCACACAUCCCACUCUGGGGCACCUGGGCCGUCUUGGGCCGGCCGUUAAGGAUGGGGGGAAGGGAGGUACUGUCAUGAUCCUGCCGGUCCUAGCCCUGGCUGUGCAGGUCCCCCGACACACCUGCAGUCAUCAGGAGGCGCACACCUGCGCCUCAUCCCCAGUAAUUACCUGCAGUACUUAUAGGACCCAGCAGAUGGUCUGGCUUUGUCAGAUCAUUGCCAUUGAUUCCUCGUUCCCACACUUCCUCACCUCUGAUCUCGACUCCCGGCGUACCAACCCCUUCCUGUCUCCCAACCUACCCCGUAAGCUGGACGUCAUUAUCACCGCUGCUCUCGUGGACUGCCUGCCUGGUUACCGAGUCUGGACUGAAUAAAGAUAUUUCCCGAACUGCCCCCACGUUUCCCGAGUUGUGCAUUUGGGUUCAACGCCGCAUUCGGGUUAUGACAUUGGGUCCUAAAGUCCUAUAGCAUUUGUAUAGAAUGGUUUUAUAGAAAUUCUUUAGAAAUGUUCUAUGGAAAAAUCUGGAUGGAUGUUUGUAAAAUAUUUCUAUCUAUUACUCUUGCGCUCUUGCAAUAUACUAUGUUUAAUUGAGUUUUAGUUUUGAGAGUCCCAAAUGCCAUAAACACACGCAUAUGGUGUAUAAAUGUCAUUUAUCACAAGAUGGUAAAUGGACUACACUAACAUAGUGCUUGUAUGACACUACCACAGCGCACAAAGCCACACAGUAAUCAUUUCAAUCUAUUCAUCCAUUUUCUGAGCCGCUUAUCCUCGUGGGAUUGCUGGAACCUAUCCCAGCUGUCAUUGGGCAGAAGGCAGGGUACACCCUGAAGUGGUAGCCAGCCAGUCAUAAAUCACAUGAAGAAAGACAACAGUUAAAUUCAUAAUCACGCCUAGAGGCAAUUUAGUCUCCAGUUAAUGCAUGUUUUUUAGAUGUGGAAGGAAAUCAGAGUGCCUGGAGAAAACUCAUGCAAACUCCACAUAGGCGGGGCUGGGAUUGAAGCCUGCUCCUGAGUACUUGUAGGAAUAAUUGUGAUCAUAAUUAUCAUACAUUUGCUUCCAAUAAAGAAAUGCUUUGCUCUACCCUAGAUAACGUGGCAGCCUCCUAGCAGGAGAUAGCAAGAACAAAAACAUCUAAUCAUCAGAACUGUUAGAACUGCUGCCUGUUAAAGAAAUGAUGACCACACAUGUAUUUAGCAAUCUUCCACACAUGCACACGCACGUGAACAGAUAUGUACACCUUGUUUCAAACUGUUUUGCUUGUCGUCUCCUUUUUGUAACA